UUCAAUAUUCCAAUGUUGGCAUCGCAGGACGGCUCUCAACCACUGCCUGACAAUGACGUGCUGCAUGUCAAGACUGCAUUACUUCACUCUCCAAACCUAAGCAUGAAGCUACGGUGCAACACAUGGUUAAAAAUGGAGAACAUGCAGCCUUCCGGAUCGUUUAAAAUAAGAGGAGUCGGUCAUAUGUGUAUCAAAGCGGUGGAAUUGCGAGGACCGUCCAUUCAUUUUGUUACAGCAGCAGGCAUCAACACUUGCUUAGCCGUAGCAUACGCAGCAAGGCAACUUAAUGUUGAAGCAACUAUUGUUCUUCCUAAAAUUGUCAACCAGAAAAUAUUCGAUAUGAUAAAGUUGGAAGGUGCCAACCUUAUUAUGUUAGGAGAGGAUUUUGAAGAAUCAGAAGCACACGCACGAGCACUGCUAUCGAAAAUGCGCAACGGCAUCUAUAUACCAUCUUCAGAUAAUCCAUGUAUAUGGGAGGGUAAUGCAACAAUUAUAAAAGAACUAGAAGUACAAUUAAGGCACGAGCCACCAGCUGCCAUAAUAUGUCCAGUUGGAGGAGGUGGUCUGCUAAACGGCAUUAUAAUGGGACUCGAACAAGUCGGAUGGAAACAAGUACCUGUUAUAGCAGUUGAAACGCAUGGAAGCAAUUCUUUUCAAGCUGCAGUAGUGGCUGGAAAAUUGGUAACUCUCCCAAAAUCAAAAACCAUCGCAAAGAGCUUAAAUGUUCGAACGGUCAGCGCCAAAUCCUUGGAACUCAGCUUAGAUCAUCCCGUGGUACCGUUUGCCGUUAGCGAUGCCAUGGCGGCCGAUGCUGUGCGAAAUUUUGCAGACGAUCACAAGACUUUGGUGGAAACGGCGUGUGGAGCUGCUUUAUCAUUAUGUUAUACACAAGUUAUUCGCGAUAUACUACCAUCGCUCACGGAAGCAUCCGAUAUUGUGGUUAUUACGACUGGAGGAUCUGACAUCUUCCUCGACGACUUGGACCACUUCCGCCGAAAAUAUUCUAACCCACCUAUUGUCGUCAAGAGCGGAAGUGAAGUGUUCCUUAAACUUGGAGACUCUCUCAGUAGUAUAGCGGAUGUUGAUGCGGAUCAUGCCGUCGCAGCAGCCAAUGGCGUUGUCCCUUUUGAUAAUAUUCGACAAGAUAGAGAAGCCGGAGCAAUGGAUGGGUUUACCCGAGUAGUGAAUUCCGCAAAGGACUAUGCUCAUGAUCAAAGGAACAGGAUCGACAGUUCAAAUGCGAUAGAUCAUGCGAGGGAAAGCAACAUGAUAAUGACGGGACUCGACGCAACUACGGCAAUACCAGCUUUAGUCAAACAAGAAACGGCGGGAAGUCCAUAAUGUUUUUGGGCAUGUUUAUAUUAAAAAAAAGUAAUUUCACAAAUGGCACAAUUUUGUAUAUCAUGAAGUUCAU